GGUGACAGGCCAUUGCGAAUCAUUGUCGCCGGUGCCGGUAUUGCUGGUCUGACUGCAACGCACUAUCUCCAAAGGUUGGGCAUCGACCAUGUCGUCUUGGAGAAAUACGCAGACGUCGCACCGCCAACGGGCGGAGCCAUCUCCAUGUGGCCGCAUGGCAUGCGAAUCCUAUCUCAGAUUGGCUGCCUGGAUGCCAUCAAGCGUGCCUCUUUGCCAUACACCCGCAUCUUCAACCGUGCACCAGAUGGCAGCUUGAUGCAGGACAGCUCACUGUUGCACAUUGUUGAGGAAAACCAUGGAAUUGGUACAUAUCCAAUGGAGAGACGGGAGUUUUUGCAAAUUCUAUACGACGCGCUCCCAGACAAGUCAUUCGUCGUGACUGAAGCCGAAAUCACCGAUGUUAUUGAGUUCCCAGACAGGGUUGAAGUGCACCUCGCCGACGGCACGGUCCAGACAGGUGACAUGGUUCUUGGCUGUGACGGCGUGCACAGCUUGAUCAGGAGCAUCAUGUGGGAUCACGCGGGCAAGAAAUCGCCUGGCCUCAUCAAAGACGAAGAAAAGACCUCCAUUGAGACCAGGUAUAAGACGCUUCUCGUCAACGCACCAGCUUUCCCUGAGCUCGGACAAAGCAACCUGGUCAUAUCCCAUGGAAAGGGUAUUUGCUUCAUCACCGUGUCUCAGCCAGACGCUACAUAUGUUUUUGCUAUUUUCACUCUCGAGCAGCCCUUUACUGUGCCCGUGCGCCAGAGCUACACUACCAAGGACGCCGAAGAGUUAGCACAGCUCAUCAGCGACAAACCCGUGACCAACAACGUAGUGUUUUCCGACAUUUGGGAACGCCGCACUCGUGCAUCCGUAAUCUCGCUCGAAGAGGGUGUGAUGGAGCACUGGCAUCACGACCGUAUCUGCCUGGUUGGUGACGCUGUGCACAAGAUCCAGCCAAAUCUGGCCCUAGGCGGGAAUGCAGCUAUGGAGGGCGCAGCAUCUGUCAUCAACAAUAUCCAAGGCGUUCUGCAGACGUGCCGCGGCCCAAGGCCUAGCGGCACUUCUCUUAGCACGGCCUUCUCGGCGUACCAGAAGCAGCAGUACCCACGCAUGAAGGAGCUUGUAAACCUCUGCGCCAUGGUGGCAAAAGUACACACAUAUGCUACGCCGUGGCACAGGGCCCUCUCGGAUUGGCUUCUUCCUUUGCUCGGCGACAAGAUCCUUCCAGGUCUGCUCAGCACCUUCAUCGCCGGUGCACCAAAGAUGGAUUUCUUUCCCGCUGCAGACCUCCCAGAUGGGAAAGUUGCUUGGGUUCAUCACGAAACACAUAAGACGAACGGCGACCAGCUGCAGAAGAAUGCCUUGUAA